AAGGAGGGAGACAUCAACAUUGGAGGCAUUUUCUCCUUCCAUCAGAAUCCAGUCACUGUUGAUCCAGCUCUUCAGGUCAACCCAGGAACAAUCCAGUGUGAAGGACUCGACCCAGGUGAGCUUCAGUAUGCGUACACUAUGAUGUUUGCCAUUGAGGAGAUCAACAACAGCUCAGAGCUUCUGCCAGGAGUGACACUGGGUUACAGGAUCUUUGACUCCUGCCCCAGUAUCCCUCUGUCCAUCAGGGCAUCGCUAAACCUGAUGAAUAGGUAUGAGAGUGGAGAAGACAGCUGUAAUAAGCUCUCCAAUGUGCAUGCUGUCAUAGGUGAAACCACAUCCACCUCUACAAUAGGUAUUGCACGCACCAUGGGACCCUUCCAUAUACCUGUGAUCAGUCAUUCAGCCACUUGUGCAUGUUUUAGCAACAGAAGAGACUAUCCCUCUUUUUUCAGAACCAUACCUAGUGACAUUUAUCAGAGCCAAGCCUUAGCAAAGCUGGUGAAACACUUUGGCUGGACAUGGGUAGGAGCUAUCAGAACUAAUAGUGACUAUGGGAAUGGCGGCAUGGCCACUUUCCUGGAAGCAGCAGAAAGGGAAGGUGUGUGUGUUGAGUACUCAGUGGCUAUUUACAGAACUGAUCCCAGGAAGUGGUUCUUAGAGGUAGUGGACAUAAUAAAGAAAUCCACCUCUAGAGUAAUAGUGGCAUUUGCUGAUGGCACAGACCUUGACAUACUUAUCAAGGAGCUUCAUUCUCAGAAUGUGACAGGAUUGCAGUGGGUGGGCAGUGAGGGCUGGAUCACAUAUCGCUAUAUUGCCUCUCCAGUCAACUACGCUGUGGUCCAGGGGGCAGUAGGCUUUGCAGCACUCAAUGCACACAUCCCUGGACUGCAGGAGUUCCUGGCUAACAGCAGGCCCUCCACCACACCGGGAGACCAAGGACUGGUGGAGCUGUGGGAGACUGUGUUCAGCUGCACCCUGACUCCCCAAGGAGAGGCCCGAGCUCAGGGUUCAGUUGCAGCCUGCACUGGGAAGGAGUCUCUGUGGGACACAAACACACGCUUCACAGAUGUUUCAGAUGCCAGUCUGCUGAAUAAUGUUUACAAGGCCACAUAUGCUGUCGCUCAUGCAUUGCACAUGCUAUUCACUUGCAAAGAUGGACAGGGGCCUUUUGAGAACAAUACUUGUGCUGAUAGGGAGAAUGUACAACCAUGGCAGGUGCUGCAUUACCUAACAAAGGUCAACUUCACCACUAAGAUAGAUGAAAAUGUGUUCUUUGAUGAGUUGGGGGACCCUGUGGCGCGUUAUGCACUGGUAAAUUGGCAGAUGGAUGAGACAGGUUACAUACUCUUUGAGACCAUUGGCUACUAUGAUGCCUCCCGGCCUGAGGGUCAGCAGUUUCAGAUGAAAGGAGGUGUGAGCGCCAUCUGGGCAGGAGAGAAUCUUGAGGUGCCAAGGUCUGUUUGCAGUGAGAGCUGUUUACCAGGGACCAGACGGGCUUUUGUCAAGGGCAAACCUAUCUGCUGUUUUGACUGCAUCACCUGUGCUGACGGCAAGUUCAGCAACAGUACAAAUGCAGUGAAAUGUGAAAAAUGUCCUCCCGAGUACAAGUCCAACGAAGAGAGGAAUAGCUGUGACUUGAAAGCAAUGGAGUUCCUCACCUUCAGGGAACUGAUGGGUAUACUGUUGGUCACCUUUUCUGUCUUCGGUGCCUGCCUGGCGAUGACUAUAGCCUUGAUAUUUUUUCACUUCAGACAGACUCCUAUUGUCAGGGCCAACAACUCUGAGCUGAGCUUCCUGCUGCUCUUCUCAUUGACUCUGUGUUUCCUGUGUUCUCUGACCUUCAUCGGUCGGCCUCUGAGGGGUCCUGCAGCUGCGACACAUGCAUUCGGGCAUCCCUUGUCCUUGCAUUCUUGUGUUGGGAAAACAAUAGUGUUUUAAUGGCCUUCAGGGGCCACACUUCCAGGUAGUAAUAUGAUGAAAUGGUUUGGGCCUGCACAGCAGAGGCUCAGUGUUCUGACUUUCACUGUAAUACAGGUUUUGAUUUGCAUACUUUGGCUGACAAUCAACCCUCCCUUUCCCUUCAAAAAUAUGAAACAUUAUAAAGACAAGAUUAUACUAGAGUGUGCGUUAGGAUCACCUAUAGGGUUCUGGGCUGUGUUAGGUUACAUAGGACUCCUUGCUAUCCUAUGUUUUGUUCUUGCUUUUCUGGCUCGGAAACUGCCUGAUAAUUUCAAUGAAGCCAAGUUUAUCACCUUCAGCAUGCUGAUAUUCUGUGCAGUCUGGAUCACUUUUAUUCCAGCAUAUGCCAGCUCUCCUGGGAAAUUCACUGUUGCUGUGGAGAUUUUUGCUAUUCUGGCCUCCAGUUAUGGAAUGCUGUUUUGUAUUUUUUUACCCAAGUGCUACAUCAUUUUAUUAAAGCCUGAGAACAAUACAAAGAAACAUUUGAUGGGUAAAGUGACCCCAAGAGCCCUAUGA